UGGAGAUGCUGGGAGACUCGUCUUCAGGCGGGUUUCAUUCAUCUGCCAACGCCGUCUACAGAGGCCGCGGCCAGUCCCGUGGUAGAUCCCGUGGGCGAGGAGGAAGAGGGCGCGGCCGCGGUGACCGCGGUGACCGCCAGCCUUCUCCUGCAAAUAGAGGCGGCGGAUUCAGAGGACGCCCUCGACAGCAACAGCAACAGCAGGUACGCGAGCAGCAGCAUGACUAUCCUGAGUGCCAGAUAUGCUAUAGACAUCAUCCAGGAGGUGCACGUGUCUGCUGGUGGCGCUAUGAAGAGAAUGAUCAAGAAGAGAAGGAGGCGCAUGCUGUCUCCUAUGGCGUGGACACUAAUUGGUACGCAGACAGUGCAGCAACAAAUCACAUCACAGGUGAACUUGACAAGCUGACAGUACGGGAGAAGUACAACGGAGGCGACCAAAUUCGCACGGCAAGCGGUUCUGGAUUUGAGCACAAGGAGAAUCAUUCUUAGAGGACGGUGCGUGGGAGGCCUCUAUCCACUCAUAUCAUCAUCAUCAUCUUCAUGGUCCAAUAAACAAGCAAAUAUUGUCACCAAGCCAUCAUCAUCAAGGUGGCAUAGUC